ACUCUCCUCAAGAUUUUGAAGAGCAUUUAGCUAAUAAUUGUUCUAAUAUUUCUAAUGAAAUCAAGCAAAAAUAUUUAAGCAAGCUUUUAGAAAGAUCUAGAAAUUUUAGAUCUAAAAAAAAUAUUCAAACCAAAAUUUCUGAUUUUCAUAAAAGUUCUAAACUUAUAUCUGAAAGGAUUAAUGAAAUUAACAAAACUUGUGUUAAAGUUUUUGUUAUUUAUAGAAUAUCAUAG